AUGGGAGAGCACAUUGUGACGGUCAAAGAGCGCAUCGGCUUCCUUGACGUGAAGAUCAAAAUUGACCUGCACAAAACCGUCCUCACUGGUUUAGCCAGGGCGAGCCGAGUUGGUGACGCGAAGGUGACCAACAAGGACGGCUCCUUUAACGCCAAGCUGCAGCUGGGCGACUCCAACGUGAAAGCCAACUCUGACAUGACUCUGAUGGUCAGCCAGCUCAUUCACCCUGACCUGAAGCUUGAAGCCGACAUUGGCCACAUGACGAUCACCUUUGGAACGGCCAUUGGCACCGAUGGCAAGCCCGACGUGAAUGAGUUCAACAUUGACGAGCUGACCGACACCAAGGUGCACAUCCACGGACAAAUCUCGCUGUUCGACCCUCUGAUUGACGUCGUGGCCACUGAGUUCAUCAAGUAUUUCAACACCGUUGCCCGAGACGUACUCACCCAAGUAAUCAAGCCGUUGUUGCAAGAUGAGAUGAAGAAGAUGAUGGGCGGUGGCUCUUUUUAA